AUGGGUUUCGUGGUCAAAGUGCUCCUUGGGUUACUUAUCUGUGUGGCUCUUUCGAGUGCGGUUGGUACAUUUCCUUAUCUUCGAGGCAAGACAUUGACAUACAGGUACUACGCCGAUGUCAAACUUGGAACCCUAAAGCCUGUUCAGUAUGCGUCCUAUUUUGCGCUGGAUGGACAUGUACUUGUCACCCAUGAUAGCAGCGACCCGACAACGAAUUAUGCCUACAUAGUUACCCUGAAGGACAUCAAACAUACCUUGUUCAAUGGGCAAAUGACGCUGUGGCAGAAGAUCGAAACUUUCCAUGAGAUGUCCGAAGCGUCAAAAAUGAUCCACGAUCCUUUCGUGGUCGUCUUCGAUGAACGGGGCAAGGUCCAAGGUGUGAAGAUCGCCACAAGCGAAUGCGGCUGGUCCAAGAAUAUCAAGCAAGCGAUAGCUUCAUUGAUGCAGCUUGACAUGUCUUCGAUAAUGCCGCAAUCGGAAAUGAAACCCCACGGUUUUAUCACGACAGAGAACACCAUCCAUGGGAACUGCCAAGUAGCCUACGACGUGCAACUGGUCCCCGAAAAUAAAUGGGAUUUGAAUGGAGAAAUUAAGGUGACAAAGUCUUACGACAUGCGAAACUGCACCGAGUACAUGCAACGAGUUUUCGACAGCAAAAUGGGGGAUAUUUGUCACGUACCGAAAGAGGAUCCCAUAACGACAAUGACCUCAAGGCAGUACGACCUGAAGAACACUGCUGACGGGUACGUGGUAAAAAUGAUCGCGGGUUACGGCCAAAUGUUUUAUUCACCAUGGCAAGCGAACUCGGAGAACCACUACUUCGCCAGCAGUCAAACCUUGUGGCUGGAGAGCGUGAAGAACACCGACGCUCAGCAGUCCUCCGUUAAUGUCCGAAAUGUGCCCGUGACCAACGGAGUUACUUAUCAAAAGCCUGAAGAGAAUUACGUUCCUCAUGCUGGCGAAGACCUGACACAAGGACGUCGCGUCGUGAAGGUGGAAUCGCUUAUGCCGAAACUGAAGAAGAUGCUGGAGGAAGCUGCGGAUUAUUUCGCGGAGAACCACAUUGAAACGAAAGAACCGGACUGGAAACAUGGUCAAACCAUCAACAGGCUGCUGAAUACUAUGGGGUAUAUGGACGUCGGGCUGUUUGAAAGCGUGUUCACCAGUCUUCAGGAUGGUCAAACACCAAGGGAAGAGACGAUCAGAAAUAUCUUCUUGAUGAUGGUCCCCCACGUCGGAACGUCGGCUUCUUGCAUCUUCAUCCGGAAUGUAAUUCGCAAGCAGAAGGUCUCCACAAAAAUGGCAUUCCACAUGUUAAGUUUGCUUCCUCACAACGUAAGGGUACCUUCGGAACGACUUCUCCUUGACAUGGAGGAUCUGCUAAAACUUGAUAACAGCGUGAACGUCGAGGUUCGCAAAGCCAGUAUUCUCUGUUUCGCGACCUUGAUCAAUCGCACCUUCAAACACUUACAAGGGGAACCCAUAAAUCCUCUAUUGAAUAGAUAUCUGCAGCACUUCUUCGAUCACGUUAAAAAUGAACCGACCUACGAGAUGAAGAUGGUUUACGUGAUGGCAAUGCGAAACGUGGAGGUGGGAAAUAUUCACCAACUGUUGGCUCCGAUUAUUCGCGGAGAAAGGAUGCUAUCCGAAAAGCCUGUCCACCUUCGGCACAUGGCCAUGUUAGCUGUCUCAAAAAGCGUGAUAGGCGACAUGGACUUUGUUCACGAUUUAUUCUGGCCAAUAAUGGCCGACAACACUCUUCCGGUGCACCUAAGGAUUACCGCAUACACUAUCCUAAUGGAUCAAAUGCCAGACAUGGCUCGCAUGAUGAGAAUUCACUGGUACAUGGUUAAUGAGAAAGACCAGAAUCUGUACAAUUUUCAUUACACAACCCUGAAGAGUUUAGCCAACUCCGUCGACCCCUGUAUGCAACCAGUUAAAGAAAUGGUUCAAAAGAUAUUGGAGUCAAAAGUGGAGUGGCACUCGGAUAUUUUCCUUUCGUCUAACAUCAUCACGAAUUACAUGGAUUCUGUCUACGGAUAUGGAGAGACUAUGAAGAUCAUGGCUACAGUCAACCAAUUGACCGGAAUUCCGUAUACUGGUAUCAUCGAACAUGUUUCGAUCACCUCUAGGAAGCCAGUUAGUCGUUGGGGGGUGUACUGGAGCGUCGAGGGAAUGGACGAUAUUCUCAAGAAUAUAGUCUUCGAGAAAGUAAUGAGCACCUUAGAGACAGUAUCGAACGAAAACGUGAACAACUUGCUGAAAUUGGCUGCCAAAGACAUGCCGCAGCACAAGGACAUGCACGUAGAAGUUUGCUUCAUGAUGCACGACCAUGUCAUAUUUGCUGGCCAAUACGACAAAGACAACUGGAAGAAGUUUUUCCAAGACUACGGCAUCUGGAUGGAAUUCCAACAAAACAUGAACGUCAACUGGCAGCACGUGCAGUACGACGAGCUCUACGAGGCUCAUGUGCCCACCGACCUGGGUGUGCCUAUGGUCAUGGCUACCAGAAUACCUUCGGUCACAUCCCUGAAAUUAAAUGCACAGAUGACGGAGGAGAAGCCAUCGAUUAAUGUCAAGUUAAACACUGUCAUGCAAACUUGGCGACACGGACAUUACUCCAUCUCGGUUUACAAUCCCAUUGCCGAUGUCUGGCACUCCGUAGAAAGGAUGUUCGCCAGUGACGUCAUGAUGCCCGUCGAGGGUAGCGUCAGCUUCGCUGCGAACACCAAGAGCUUGAAGAUCAUUCUGCCUCGUCUUAUGCAUACCGAAUCUCCGCAAAAGACAGGUAUGAUAUCACACGUCAAGAAUUACGUGACUGUCACCGAGGACGAGACCAAUGCCCUGAAGAGGAGUUGUCCCACCUGCCAUCAUCACGAGGUCAUCACCGCUGGACCCACUGAGAAAAAGUACCACCAGACCACCUUCGAAUCCAAAGACACCGGUCUCUUGUACUCCAUGGCUAUUUUCGAUUGUGAAAACGGAGUUACCCCCGUUACCCACAUGAAGGACUGGCUGAGAGCUAUGUCCUCCUCCCAUAAGAACACAUGGAAUAUUCCAUUCGUCCACGGGAUCAUGGCUUUAAGGCAACAAAUGACCCACUACAUGAUCUCUCCUGAAAUUGGCAGCUGCGGAUAUAUGAUGAAAAUGGAGACAAGCGCAGUGCAUCCCAUUUCUCACAUUGAAAUCGGUCUUCGUGCCAGUAUGGAGGACGUCAAGCAGCCGGACACUGCCAUGUAUCUCUUGAAUGGGAUGCUAUUGAAUAUUCGCGGUACCGUGGAUGUCAAAGCUGCGGUGACAAACGCUUCGAUUCGUCACUGGGACAUAAAUGUUAGUGGUGACAUGUCCGAAGGUCAUACACGGAAUAACUUGAAGGUCCGAAUUACCAGAACGACUCCAGGAGAGAAGGACCUCAAGAUUUGCGUUGAUGGUCAAAUGAAUUACCCGAUUGUGACCAAAGAGGAUGUAAUGAAAAUCGACACGGUUAAAGAGGAGAUUGCGGGCAAAUUAACCUUCUCCAUGGGUAUGGCAGAUGAUGACAAGUGCGUACGAGAUGAUACCACUGUCAGCAUCACCGUGAAGGGCGAGAUGUCGGAUGAGCAAAAGAAACAACUAAAUCAUGACAGCGUACAUGGCAGGUGCAUGUACGAUAUGAAGAAUGCGAAAUAUCGUGGAACCCACGAUGUCGUGCCAAGGACAAACGAAUGUCUGAAAGAAGCCAUCACUUAUACGACUAUGAGAAAAUACACCAUGAACAUGGCCUACAAAAAGAUCCCCCAGAGCCACAUGAGCAAUGUCUACUCUAUCAUGGACAAAAUGCAUGCAAUGUGGUUGCCGCACAUCGAGUACUCGGCAAGUCAGAUCGAACCUGGCAAUGUUAAAAUGAUCAUGCAGUACCCACCAAUGACCCAUGACGUGGAUGUCAAAAUGAUGACUCCUCUUUAUACUCUCGAUUACACUGCCUUGCCCUAUGGUCAUCCAGUUUGGAAUGGAUACAUGUUCAACACUCGCUUCUCCAAUACAUUCCUCCAUAAGUAUAUGAACGAGCAUUCCAAGAUCUGCUCGGUUUACCCUCAAGUUGUCAUCACUGCAGACAACGGUGCCAUUGACUACACUUUGACCAACAAAUGGACCUUAAUGGCUGGACAUUAUAUCCAUAACUAUUUUGCCAUUUUCGUUAGGGCCACCGAAGGCAACAAAGUUGCCGUCAAAAUAUAUGUCAAGGCUCAUCACAUGGAAAUUACCCCCACCGAGUCUAAUGUGAUUGUCAAAAUUGACGAUCAGAUCGUAGGAAGUCAUCAAAACAACACCAUAUUUCCUCCUGGCACUCCCGAUGAUUAUAUUUUCAGGAUUGUGGGAACCAACAGAAAAAUGGUGCAGUCUCAUGGUUUGCCAAUCUUGUUGGAGUGGACAUGGAACGGAGUGACUUUACUCAUGGACACCAUUCUCCGGGGCCACGUCACAGGCAUUUGCGGUCAUAUGGAUGGUACGCAUCAAGAGAAGCUGCCCAAAGUUUACAUGUUGGCUGAAAUGUAAACUAAAAAUCAAGAUGAUCAAAGCGCAUCACUUCCAUCAUUAGCAUCACGCCAUCUACAAAACAAUGUAAACAUUUAAAGUCAACCUUGGUACCAUAGACUGCGAAUUUCACUGCAAU